AUGGGCGAUGAGGAAAACUUGAAUUUGCAUCUUACACUUGGUGACAAUAGGGUUCUAGAGAGAAGCCAAGUUCACGCUCGGACAGCAUCGUAUAAUAUCCUGAAAGAGCUUGUGGUUUACACUAAGGACAAGGCAACGACACUGCAAAGAACACUCGAUGACAUACGUGUAAAUCUAUACCAGCAGUUCGACUGCAACACUGCGACGUCUAAAUGGAAUCUUGCAAAGAAAUCUACACACGGCCUCACAAGAGAACUUCGCUUGCGAUAUAGAAAUAAAAUUAAAGGCAUCAUUCCUGUAACCCCGCCGCGUAAUGAAACAAUUUCGGAAACAACGGUGAAACAAAAGAGGCCAAACAGAAGAUUUUCCAAGAAGGCAAGGAACAUCAGAACAGCCAUUAACCCUGGAGUUGAAGAAGAAAGUGAACAAUUUCAUCCCAUCAACAUAUCCAACAAAAUUCUUACCGAUGAUGAGAAGAGCCUCCUGAGUAAAGGACCAUCAUUUUGCCCCACACCGAAGGACGUUAACAGACUUAAACUCGCCGAAGACUGGGAGAAUUUCGAAAGCCGCCUACGAAGUGCUGUUCUAUUUAAACAAAUUAGACCAGAAAAAGGUACGCCCAUCAAUGAGAGCCCGCAACUAUUACCGAAGUUUAAGAGUAAGUCCACAUGGAGAGCCCCAGUAUCUAAAUCACUGCCCUUGGAGAACUUUUUACAAUUGGUGAAAACAGACAUAUUUGAUCCGGCAAAUACUAAAAAAGCAUUAGACAAUUUAAACAAAGGCGAGCGUCGCGCAUUACGGGACCUUCAGCAAUUGGACAGUCAAUCUAUUAAAAUCCAAGACAAGGGAUCAAAGUUCGUCAUCUUGGAAACGGAAGAAUAUGAUAGUAAAAUGGAUAAACAAUUGAAUAACCCUCUGCACUACCACAAGUUGGAUUCAGAUUCGAGCUCCAAUCACUUUGAUGUUGUAGCAAGUUGGUGUAAUAAAUGGCUUGCCAAAGGAGAAAUUACGCAAGAUUUAGCAGGCUCGAUCGCUAAUGAAAAAGUAAAACCUGGUAAAGCGUUUGGGACUGUUGAAACGUAUAAAGAAGGAAAUCCUCUACGACUGAUCACGUCAUGCCGUGGCACAGCUAUAGAGAACCUCUCAGCCUUUAUAGACUUCUAUCUUAAACCUCUUUCCAGGCCCUCCCAUCCUUUAUUAAAGAUACCACGCACUUACUUCAAAAAAUAUCCGAAUUGAACGACACGGGUCCAUUUCUAGAUGGAACACUAUUAGUUUCCUGGGAUGUGGUCGCAAUGUUCCCGAAUAUCGACAAUGACUUGGGUCUUCUAGCUGUAACACAAGCAUUGAACUCUCGCCCAAAUCAAUUUCCAUCAACUGAAUGCAUCGUCGAAGCUGUUAAAAUUUGUCUUGCACAUAACAACUCUAGCUUUGGGAAAAAGCAUUAUCUGCAGAUUCACGGAACAGCCAUGGGUCCGAAAAAUGCGUGUAGCUACGCGGUGAAAAUAAAACCUAAUUUAUGGUGGCGUUAUCGGGACGAUAUUUUCGAUCUCUGGACACAGGGUACUGCCAAACUUCUCGAAUUUACUGAUUUCAUCAAUUCGUUAUACCCCACAAUUAAAUUUACGCUGGUUUACUCGGAAGUAUCACUAAAUGUUUUAGAUCUUACCCUCGCGUUAGUUGAUAGUAAGGACUUUAAGAUACCACGGCAACAGACUACGGACAACGCGUUUUCAUGCGCGGUCUAA